UUAGCACUCGACUGCCAGUCUGGUCCGUAGCCACGAUGGAUGCAAUACCAUGCCUUCUGUUCGUCCUCCUGUUCGGGACAAGGGUACAAGAAAAUAACGCCCUCCAGUGUUACUGUGACCGCUGCAGUGCCAACUCCAGCUGCACGACAGACGGCGUCUGUUUCGUCGCCAUCCGCAAGUCGGGAGGCCGGCUUACCACCGAGCAGCGCCAGUGCGUGCACGAAAACGAACUGAUCCCACGAGACCGGCCCUUCAUCUGUGCCCCAUCUGUCAAACAUGACACGGGCAUUUUCCCCAUGUGCUGUACCACGGACUACUGCAACAAAGAGCCCAACCUCGAAGUCUUCCCUGUGCCCACAGUAAAGCCUCCUCCGCUGGGCCCCGUGGCCCUCGCAGCAGUGAUCGCCGGCCCGGUGUGCGUGCUCUGCCUGCUGCUGGUCUUGGCAUUCUAUGUUUGCCACAGCCACAGGGGUCUGGGGGCCGGGGGAGCUGGGGCCCAUCACCACCACCACCACCGGGUGCCCAAUGAAGAGGACCCCUCCAUGGACCACCCCUUCAUCACUGUCGGAACAACGCUGAAGGACCUCAUCUAUGACAUGACCACCUCGGGCUCUGGAUCAGGUCUGCCACUGCUGGUCCAAAGGACGAUCGCCAGGACCAUCAUCCUCCAGGAGAGCAUCGGGAAGGGCCGUUUCGGGGAGGUGUGGCGGGGUAAAUGGCGCGGCGAGGAGGUGGCAGUGAAAAUCUUCUCCUCACGGGAGGAGCGCUCCUGGUUCCGCGAGGCUGAGAUCUACCAGACGGUGAUGCUGAGACACGAGAACAUUCUGGGCUUCAUCGCUGCCGAUAACAAAGAUAAUGGGACGUGGACACAGCUGUGGCUGGUGUCUGAUUACCAUGAGCACGGUUCGCUGUUCGACUAUCUGAACCGCUACACAGUCACUGUGGAGGGCAUGAUCAAACUGUCCCUGUCCACAGCCAGUGGCCUCGCCCACCUUCACAUGGAGAUCGUGGGAACACAAGGGAAACCUGCUAUCGCACACAGAGACCUGAAGUCAAAGAACAUUCUGGUGAAGAAGAAUGGGACCUGCUGCAUCGCCGACCUGGGUCUUGCUGUCCGCCACGACUCGGCCACCGACACCAUCGACAUCGCUCCAAACCACAGAGUGGGAACCAAAAGGUACAUGGCUCCGGAGGUCCUGGACGACUCCAUAAACAUGAAACACUUUGAGUCUUUCAAGCGAGCUGACAUCUACGCCAUGGGCCUGGUCUUUUGGGAGAUCGCCAGCCGCUGCUCUAUGGGAGGCAUCCACGAGGACUACCAGCUGCCCUACUACGACCUGGUCCAGUCAGAUCCAUCAGUGGAGGAGAUGAGGAAGGUUGUGUGUGAGCAGAAGCUUCGGCCUAACAUUCCCAACCGCUGGCAGAGCUGUGAGGCCUUGCGGGUGAUGGCGAAGAUAAUGAGGGAGUGUUGGUAUGCCAACAGCGCCGCCCGACUCACCGCUCUCCGAAUCAAGAAAACCCUGUCUCAGCUCAGCCAACAGGAAGGAAUCAAGAUGUAGACACAGCUACCAAACACACACACACACACACACACACACACACACACGCACACACACCUCUGACUGGCAUCCAUAUCGUUAGCAUUACAGCAUUACUAUCUUCAUUAUUAUUCAUUGACUGUUCCUCCCCUUUGGGUUGAAGGGAAGCGAAGACUUUUCCCCCUUGUGCUCUUUUUAUUUUCUCAUCCCAUUUCAUUCAUCAACAAACUGCUGAGUCCUGCACACGAAACUGAGGAACCGUGUGUGUAUGUGUGUGUCUCACUGGGCUGCCACACACACAUGAAUGGCUGGAUGGAUCUAAUGAGGGAUGGUUGUGCCUGAAGGGGAUAACAGAGGCAUUAAAGGAAGCCUCCCCUCAUUAUCCUCCAUCUUCCUUUACUACAUUCAACACAUGAAGUCUCUGAAAGACCCAUCGGGGCGAUUGGUGUCCAUCUCAACUCCCGCCUCCACCACUCAUCACAUCAGCAACCAAUAAGAGCUCAGACCCCUCAGGUAGAGAUAAGGCCAGCCAGGCAGCUGGGAAUCACCUGGGAGGCCUCUGAGCUGCCGGAUCAUCUUCACCAUCACCCGCUCAUUUGUAUAUUAGCAUUUCAUUCUUGUCUUCAGAGUGUUAAGCUACUCUUCAGUAGGGCUGCAAGUUGCUCAUUUACAUCUCUGAAUAAUUUGAAUCAUGGAAAAUCUCCGACCAUUGGAGUCACUAAAAUGUGUUUAAAAAAUCCAAAUGGAACUUUUGGAUUGAUCCAAGCCAUGUGAUCUGUCAAUACAUAGUUUAAUGAAUGUAACUAUGUGCACCGCCCCACACUCACAUACAGUGAGGGGUGUACUCACAUGCAGUUUAAUAUCAACAUGUAGAACAUUUCCAUACCAGUUAACCUGUUUGUCAUGUCUUUGACAAGCAGGCGUUUUUCUUGGGAAGUACAUUUUCCAUUUUGCUAAUGUGCGCUGCACAUUUGGUUCAACAUGCUUUUGAAAUACACAGAACAGUGGAGAGAUUUUUUUUCGCAGAUUCACCUGAAGCAAUUGUUUAUCUUGGCCACUGGUCUACUGCUAGAGAAGGGAACAGCAGAAAAAAGCUCCGACAUUUACCGGCUGUCAGAAUCCUCUUAACCUCCGAGCUGACAGUGACUCGGCCAUCAUCAAAAGUAUUUCAGAGAUUCGACAAAGAAAACUGAUGUGAAGCUGUUUGCAGUCCUACUCUGGAGUCAUGUUACAGUAGCAUUGGGAACUGAAGCUUGGACCUGGGGGUCAUGGGACAGUCUGUAAGCCGCCCUGUGGGGUCCAGACAAACAACGGCUUCAGCUGUUCUUCGUCUAGUCAAGUUGUGAGCAGAACCUCUCAUCUCUGCAACAAUUUUGCACCUGUUUUUUUUUUUUUUCAUUUGUUACUGUUGUGUGUCCCCGUCUCCCUCCGUACGGUCGGGGAGGCGGACAGGUCAGUUUAAUUUAUUGUGUUUUUAAAUUUUCUUUCUGGUGGCAGGGGAUCUUUUUUGCAAGACUAAACUGGACAUGAUGACCUCAUUCAUUUUUGGCGAACAUGCUGCAACAUAUGCAAUAUACAGUAGAUAAAUGUGUCUAUUUUCUAUACUCUGCUCUGCUAAACCACAAACAGCAAGAACUACAACACCAACAACAAUCAGCUGCCACCAUGCCUUCCAAGCCAGCUGUUACCGGAAAGUGCCAGUGCUUUAACAACCCAACUCCUCUCAUGUCGGCUGCUGUGGAGUGUUUGCUCUCACGUGUAUGCAGCUCUGUGCGCGUGUGUGUCAAGAGGAGGCCUGCGGGAGCCAUGCCGAGCAUACAGCAAGCUCGUACUAUGCACACCCAAGAAGUAAGGACGGGAAGCAAGGAGGGACACACACCGCCUACACAGCACCCACAACCCAGCCGACUCUCUGGUGCCAUUUUGUCAAACCCCUCCCCCCUCACCACCUGAGCACCCAGCCACCUCAGCAACAACUCAUCGUACAGCUUCUCCUCCCAGUGGACUGAGUCUGGAAACUGAGCUCCAGCACCUCAAACUGUGUUUAGUUGGAAAAACGAUGCCACAAACGCUCACGGCGGCUUUGGAAAACAAACAAAAAAAAAAAGACACAAAGACUUUUAAGCAUUACUGAUGUUGCCCUAUAAAUGUAAACUCUUGGAUUUCUGAUUUUCGUUCUUUUCACGUGUUUUGCGCCGUUGACAGCGCAGCAGCGUAAAAUCAACCUUUCAAGCGUUUUCUUCUUUGUAGGAUAAUCAACAAUGAGGUACAUUCAUUUAAAUAUAGCAAACGGAGAUUUACUAAGCCAUAGAUUUUCCAGGUUGUGUAUUAUUUUUUUCCUUUUUUUUUGUGGCAAGGUCUUUUUCUACUAGAAUGUACAUUUACGAAAAACAAAAGACGAAAAAACAUGCGUAAAAAAGACAAUAUUGUCAUUUCAGCUUAGCAAGCCUUAAGGGACCAACGCAUAAGAGUCAUGAUCUGCUCUUAUUAUUAUUUUCUUUGUUUGUAAUUACAUAUAUAUAUAUACAUAUAUAUAUAUAUCCAUGUAUAUAUAUUUGAUUACAAUGAUGUCUAUCUAAAGGACAAAAAAAAAUAUAUGUAGCACCUGAUUUAACAGUUUGUUUCAGUCAAGUGUUCGUCCUGUUGCUGAAAUUGCCAUACAUCUAAACCCAUUUGAUCUUAAUUUACAGAUUUGCUCGUGUCCACUGAAAGCACUUGUCAACACAAGUCCAAAAACAAAUCCAUUAUUAGAUUCAGUUUAAACGCAAGUGUAAAACCGUCAAUAAUGAACACAUCCAGUAAAUUCGACCUGCCAGACAGUGAUUUGCUCAAAGAAAUCCCACAGAGUCUCUUGAUUGUUCAGCAAUAAGUGCACUUCUGAACCACUGCGGGGUUUACCUGUGUGGCAAUUUGGAUGUCGAUGAGUCCGUCUGUCUCCAUUGUUUUUCUUUAUGGAUACAUAAUGUAUUGAUGUGCUGCUACUUAGUUGUCCACCUCGCUUUCCGAGUGGAGGUGAGAGCUGCCGUUGGAUGUAAAUACCCUCAGAUUGCCUGAAUCUGAUCAUUCUGUGCCAUGUUGCUCCGACACAAAUCCAGCCCAUAGUCACGUUGUAGGCAGUCCUCUCAAAGAUCUGCUGAAGUGUGUGUAAGAGUUGUCGUCAGCCGUGGAAGUGCAGGGGUCCGCCCCGCCACCCACUGCAGCAGCUGCUGAGUUCUUCAAAGUGCUGAUCAGUUCAGUGAGAAUGGGAAACUGCAGCUUCAUGGACCAUGGUUGAAAACCACUGUGCCAACCUGUUGAUGAGCAUGGGCGUAGCUUGUUCUCUCUGCUUCGAUGCCCACUCAUUAAACACAGUUGGAUAUGCAUUGAUACAUAUUUCCCUCGACUAGAAGCUCAAAUGUAGAGGGGGGGGGGGGGGGGGGCAAAGGCAUCCAAGUUUUGAAGGGUUGUGAUGUGUAAGAAGUUGCUGCCCAUACAGUAACUGAUUGUGUAAAAACAGGUGGAUAAAUUCAUACAAACGUCACGUCUAAAAGCCUUUUGAGCAUUUAAGUCCCUUGUAACAGAGUAUCAGUGAUGAUGCACCUCUUGCAAGGCAACGAUUACCAGUCAGAGGAAGCUCAGUGCUCGUUACUUGCAGACAGCACUUUUUGUUUGCCGUUCAUGGUUUCUUGAAGUCCAUCUGAAAUUAUUUUACAUUUUUAUCAGUUUUUAAGGCGCUGAGUUCAAACAAAACCACUCCAGACCAAAUUGAAACAAAUGAAAGAAAAGUAAUUUGAGCCUGACGGUUCGUUCUUGAACAUGGAAACAGCAGUUGACAAAACAGUCUCCAAUAAUGGUCCACUUAUUUGCUUGUUCUGGAGCUUUCAGCUGUAUCACAUGGUCUUCAUCAGAGGGUCGCUCAGUUAACAUUAAACUGUAGACGUUCAAACUUUGCCUGAUUCUGCACCUUAGGCCAUCAAGGACUAAACGUCUAAACAUCUGGGCCCUUCUGCUGUCACAUUUGAACGCGCCAGAAAAUCCAAAAUCCAUGUCAACGUGUUAGUCUGACUGAAAUCUUACUAAAUCAAAUUUCUCAAAGUCGGACUAACACACCCAGAUAAUGUGAUUGGAAGUUGAAUUCCACCUGCAUGUACACAGUCAAUCAGACCCAAACUGGCUGCGGGCUUUGACCCAGAAGUUGAAGGCAUUAAAUGCGUAACGGAAGAAGCCGGUAACAACAUGGCGAUGUCUACAUCCAGAGCUGUGACUUUUUAGACGGAUGCAGAGAUACAGUUCAUGCUGAAAGAGCUGAGUAUUUUAAAAUGAAAAAUGUCCAGUACUAACAAGCUGAAAGGGCUCCUGUGCCUGUAUACUGGGACAAGGACAGUAGUCCAGUUAAAUGGCCCAGUCGAGCUGUAACUGUAGCUCCACUUAACUGUGCAUGUCGGCCGAAAGCUCCAGAGCAAAUGAGUAAGUGGACCUUGAGUGGAGAAACCCUUACAUUUAAUGAACAUUUUUAAGUGCUGUUGCAUCUCUGAGGACAGAAUCUACUUAUAUUAAAUAAACAUUUAUCCCAUAGCUUUUUAAACUGUACAAAACAUUUCUAAUGUAACAUAUCCAUUCUGGGGAAAGUGACAUAAUCAGUUGUUUCAGGUUUUAUUCUGUGAUUCCUUUGUCAUCCUUUGAGAGACUUUGGUGAGAAUAAAAACCCCAAAGUCUGACAAAAAGCAGGCAAGUUGUGAUGUACCCACCGGUGUAGUUCCACUGUUCAGAGUUGUUCUUGUGAAUGAAGUAUUCUUAAAUAUGUAGAAAUGGUCGGCAGUGGCAGAAUAGUGACGUAUUAUUGUAAAUAUCUCGUGGAGUAAACAAAAGAAGAAAGCUGUCCUGAUAUUCGAAGAAAGCAAAGUGGAUAUCGCUGCUAUUUUAAAUACAAAAAGGGUGACAGACUAUGCUGAAUUAAAUGUUUAAUGUGUACAAAAGUGGCCAAACUAGUAGGGAAAACUGGGGCUUGCCAGGGAAGACCAGGGCCAAGGAUUCAUCUCUCGAAGCCAUGUGGGUUUGUGGGGCAGCAGGGGGUGGGGCGGGGUGGGGGGGUAGCUGUAAACUGAAUUUCAAAGUAUUCCUUUAAGUAAGCCCUGGCUUGACCUGCUGGGCCUUUGGGUGGGAUCGAGACUGGAUAGUAUGUGUAUUCCAUUAGCAGUGUCAUUCUCUGGGACAUUAGCAACAACAAAAGCUCAACUCAACAGCACCUCUGGUAUGCCUCUACUGGGACAACCUUCAUUCUGUCUUAAAGUCACCAGCAGCCUUGUACUUUUUCCUUUCAAAACCCAAGAUGACUUAACUGUAAAAAGACGUUUGCACCCAGCUGUUUAUCUCUUGUGGUCUUUAUACAGCAGUCUCUCUGUCAUUGAUUCUUUCUUGCCUUUCUUUCUUGUCAUUCCAUGUUCUCUAAUUGACUUAACAGAUAUCUCCGAGCUACAAGGGCCACGCUUCACUGCAGCCGGUUCCCCGGCUUCACAGCUUCAUACCGGGUGAACAAACUCACAUCCAUCCCUGCCCACUUUUUACCUCUCUAAACUCACAUCUUGAGGCCGGUGUAUGUUUGAAACAGAACUAGUUGGUUCGACACAAUGAAUCGUACUGAAGUGGAUCACAGCUCGUUCGUUCAGACAGUCCUUCCUCAAAGACGUUCAUGGUGUGGCAUGAACUCUGCUGUACACGGAUUGACCAGUCACAGAGAGCUUGUAAUGUUCUCACUCAUGUACACCUGGCCGAUCACUGAAGUGGAUUUUGAAGAUUCUCAGUUAAAGUUACAAAAAUUGUUGGACACAACUCGGACAAGCACUUCGUUCAAAGCAUGCAGAUGCCUCUAGAAGAGAGCUCCAUUAAUUUAGCGCCGCACUCCUUUAACAUUGUCUGAUAAAGCCCAACUCGUACUGGAUUUCUGGGUCCGAUGUCGAUAUUAGGGAGAAAAAAAAACAUCCCAUACUGGGUGUUGGUGUGUCUUCCUCAAGCUCGGGUCCUCUACCAGAGGCCUGGGAGUUUGAGGGUUCUGCGCAGUAUCCUAGCUGUUCCUAGGACGACGCUCUUACGAACAGAGAUCUCAGAUGUACCUGGAAUCUCCUGGAGCCAUUCUCCGAGUUUGGGGGUCACAACCUCCAGUGCUGCGAUCAGGUGUUGAGGAACCAGGGCUACUGAACCAAGACAUUACGAAUACAUAUAUAUAAACACGCUGAUUUUAUCGGCCGACCUAUAUCAAUAACUGAUAUACGGGCCCUGUUGUCUGGCUUCAGUAAACAGUAAAAAAAAAAACUAAAAACAGAAGGUAUAUUUAAAAUUGACGCCGCAGAACCACCAAUUGAUAUUCUGCACAUUCGUCCUUGUCAGUACCUGGUGCCUACAUUACCCACAAUGCAAUUUGACCACCAACAGUUCAAUCACAGAUUCCAAUGUGUUAUGCUCGUAGCAGCAAAUACAUCCUGGAGCCUGCAGCAGAGUUGAGCAGUGGGCUACAGAGGUCUGCUAAGAGCACUUCUUUCUAACACAUCUCCAGAUUAUCAAACUUGUGGUCUUCAAACCCAACUACGCCGACUCAAAUGCCACAGCCUGGGGACCUUAAGUGCUGCAUCAUAAGCAACUAGACUUCUUCGUUUCAGAACUGCUUCAAAACUGAGGAAGCCUCUCAGCUGAGAGGGGUAACGUCUUCAAGAUAUUCAAGCAAGUCCAGUUGCCUAUGAUGUAGCACUAAAGGUUACCAUGACCUGGAUGACUGAGAAUCUUAAUCUACACAUUACUUGAGGACAUUUUUCAGACUAAGCUAAAUUCCUCUAAAAGUCUUGUCUGGAGUGCUUGUUGGACGGCAAAAUGUGUCUGAAACUCCUCUCAUACAUCUUAGCAUUGUUGAAUUUGUACAUUUCUGAAAAAAGCUGAUCAGACGAACACCAUGAAGGACUGUCUGAAAGCGUACGCCAUUAUCUCCGUAUAUUCACAAUCGUCUUAUCUUGCCUCUCUGUCUGACAGCAGGCUUUUCAUCCCUGCUGCCCUUCAGGCGGAGCUGGGCAAUACAAACUAGCGUGUUUGAAACAUACGUCCGCCUUCAGGUCACAGAAGGGGCCGUGCUGAAGGCCGUCUCUGCUUUUGUUUGGAAAGAUUCAAGUGGAAACUGUAAAUGCUGUUUUUUUUUUAUUUGUGGGUUAUUUGGGUUUGGUAAACAGUUUUUGCUUAGGUAUUUAGAUGACUCUGGGGGCCGUGACCCAUUUUAAAACUCUGCGAUAAAAACCCGCUUUACCUCCUCUUUGAGAAUCUUACCUUGCCUUCUCUCUACUUAGCUCAGAUUAAAGAGGGGAGGAGGUCUCUGUACACUGUUGAUAUGCAGCCACCGUGCAAUUUCAAACCUCGGUUCACUGGUCAACACAGUUGAAGGUUGUGAACGGGAGCAGCAGCGCAGCUGAGCCCUUUUGUGACUCAAACCAAAUAACAGAUGCGCUCUGUUUGUCCAAUAUGCAGCCUUUUCAUGCAUUUCUUUUUACGCCAGGAGAAGUAGAGGACGAGCAGCUCUUCUCUGCUCCGUGUGCAGCGAUGGAGGGCCAAAAACAGGGAGGUAACACAAACUAUGCCAGCAGCUCUACGGCUUCGAACCACGCACUGAGAAAUUCCCACAGCUGUGAAUGUAUCGGCCCUCUCAGAGUCUCCAGCCAAUCCGAGCACAACCUGCGUAACUCAGCCCCACCGUCGCGGCAGCAACUUUGUGAGCAUGCAAAUAUCCGGGUCUGUUUCUAUCUAUGUCUCUUUCUCUUGUUAUGCAAAGUCCGGGCCAAUCGUGUCUGCCCACUCAGUCCCUCUGGAUCACACAGGUUGAACAACCUAUCUAUGCUAGCAUGAUCCACACACUGUGACGAGGAACGCGUCAGGGCCAAAGGAUUAUCACGUUCUCCCUUCACGGUCGCCCUCCAUCGUCAGAGACCCGCUGUACGGUCUCUGCUGCAGUGGUCAGAAGCCGGGGGAAGUGUUGGGGCGGAUGUGACGAGCGGUUUGAGUCACUUUAGGGUUCGGUUGUCUCCGGUUCGAUGCUGCAGUGAGGCCUCUGUGGCAACAAGGGUAGCAGAAAGCUUUAUCACGUUUUAUUUGGUGCCUAAGUUUGACAAGAUUUCUUUUACUUUUCACCUCGAAUGACAAGACUGCAUGUGAUUGUGUCUGCAUUGAUGUCUGCAUUACCUGCUUUAUAGAUGUCAUCCAAAAGCUGAGAAGUAUCUUAAAAAGCAUAAUUAACAUAUUAAAAAGGUCACUUAAUCAAAAAGAAAAUACCUCCUUUUAAAGACCAAUGUGUUUUACCUCACUGUAUAUAUAUUCUCGAUUUGUUUACUCCAAGUUUGCAAUUUAUCUUUCUCUUUUGUUUCUAUGAAAUGCUUAAAAAAAAGUUGAAGAGAAUAUUUUGUUUUCUUUUCGACUGUACUUUUUUUGUCAGAUGGCAUUGUAUUGUGUUUGUGUUGUGCCCAAGCAGUAUACUAUUCCUCCUUUACCAUGCUCUGUAUAUGACCUGUUGGUUGUGUUCUGCGUGAGCUGUACAGUCAAAGCGCUUUACAAAUGUCCAAGCCCCCUUCUGAGCUCUGGUACAAAUGCCUUGUUCAAUAUGUUCUUUUGUUAAAUGAAAAAAAAGAAGAGAAAAGAGAGUCAAAGUGGAGGUGGAGGAGGCUGGAAGUGAGGGAGGGACUGUAAAGCCAAAACCCCUCAACAAGCGCUGAACCCUCCUCACCUCGGCACUCUUGGAUUUCUAAACAUAUUAUAAUCUUGACUUUUUUAUAUAGUGUGUACAGAUGAAUGAGAGAUCAACAUAGGAACUAGAGGAUUGACACUUAUGUUAACUUCUAACAUAGCUGGAGUAGAAAAUGGUGUGAAUAAAGAAACAAAGUUUCACUACAAGA